UAUUUUUCAGGCUGCGUGUGAAAGAGUCCUCCGUGUGAGAGGAGCUUGCCGCGCCUCCGCGUCGCGAUAACAUAAGGUUGUAUUCGUCUUUGCUGCAUGGGCAGAGAUGCAAAGCGAUUUCCCAAAGUUCUUGUACAUGUGCCUGAAUGUCGCGUUCUGGUUGUUGGCGUGUUGGCCGUGGGGCACCGGGGCGCGAGCAGGAGUGCUGGUGCCCGUGACCCAAGAGCUGUUCGGAGAACCCGGGCCCCAGAAAGGAGAGUCCCCAGCUGCUUCAUCCUCCGUGGCCUGGCCAGAUGACGUUUCUACCGUGCCCGCACCUGACGGCGAUGAUAUUAAACCUGCUGCCCAGGUCAGAACAUGUUUCCCGCCAACCUUCAAGGAGACGGCAGCCACCUUCUACCAUUGCCACACGUGCCGCCACAUCUGCGAAGAGCUCGCCAAAGCCGGGAACAUGUGUCUCUUCGGCGAGGUGACUUGCAGUAGCCUCGUGUCCCGGACAGCGUGUUCCAAGAGCUCGGAACUCAUCUGCAAGCGCAUGCGUUCCUGCAUCUGCGCCCUCUAUCCGCCGCACGACGGAUUCACCAGCAACAAGGGCUUCAAAUGGGCCCAGAUAUUCGGCUCUCAAGACCGGGUGUACGGUGGUUCCAUGCCAUCAACCUACGCUUGCAACAAGGGCUUCAAAUGGGCCCAGAUAUUCGGCUCUCAAGACCGGGUGUACGGUGGUUCCAUGCCAUCAACCUACGCUUGGUGUUCAGUGCUGGGAGUCGUUUCCAUUGCUAUGGCAGCCCUGUCAUACAUGGUCCGCAACAGCCAGUCCCGAAACACGGUCCCAGCCGUGGCUUCGCUGGCUGGUGACAGCCUCCAAGCCACAAUGGUGGGCGGAGGUUUGCGGUCGCACGAUUUGCUGGGCACCUCCAGAGCCACCCUCAUGGGCUCCCCGAUCGUCUAUGACGAGCACCCCGAUCUCCCCCCUUCCUACAACGAAGUCUGCAGUGAUGCCCCAGAACAACCUCCUCCAUCAUACAAGGACCUCUAUCCCCACGAAAAGCCAACCGAAGCAGCAGCAUCAACAGCAACAACAACAACAACAGUGACGACCGAUGAAUGA